AUGUGCGUCAACCAGGCCUUUGAAUUCAAAAUUGAGCCCUGGAACAUCAGGCCCCCUCCACCCUGGCCCUGGAACAUCAGGCCCCCUCCACCCUGGUCCUGGAACAUCAGAACCCCUCCAGCCUGCCCCUGGAACAUCAGCAAUGAGUCCUGGAGAAACAGGGGACGUUGUGGCUGCAGUGAGAAGCUGCUUCAGUCGGAGAAGAAGAAAUUAUCUGAACUCCAGGGAAUCAGGAGAGAACUGAGGGCCCUGAAGGAGCAGAAAGGCCAACAUCAUCAGGAGGUUAUGGCCUAUAGGAGGGCUAAAUUGGAAACUCCUGCAACAACAAGCCAGCAAGCCCUCUUUAACCAUGUUUCUACCAACCGACAGACCAAGAUCCUUGAAUUAUUUCAGAUAGUAAAACCACACCUUCAGAGGGCAACAAGAAGAAACUACGCCUUAAGUCCAGAGGUGCAGUUGUUAGCUACACUGCGUUAUUUUGCUGUUGGAAGUUUUAUGGAGGUGGUGGGUGAUGGCCUGGGGCUCAGCAAGUCUUCAGUCAGCAAAACUGUGACAACAGUAACACCUUUGCUUUUACAGCUGAUGAAGAGCAUCCUGGUUUUCCCCAAAACUCCCGAGGAAAUACAGCUGGCCAAUCAACAAUUCUAUGAUCUUGACAACAUCCCCAGAGUGAUUGGCAUCAUUGAUGGCACCCUAAUCCCAGUAUUAAGCCCUAAGGUAAAUGAGCCCUUGUCCAUUUGCAGGAAGGGCUAUCCAGCCAUUAAUGUUCAAGUAGUGUGUGAUCACCAGGGAAUGUUCACUGACAUUGUGGCAAAAUGGCCUGGAAGCACACAUGACUCUUUUGCAUGGGCCAAUUCGGCAAUUUGCCAGAUGGCUGAAGAAGGUGGCUUUGGUGAUAGCUGGCUCCUGGGAGACAGUGGAUAUCCUCUUCGCCCCUACCUCUUGACACCUGUGCAGCAUCCAGCCACCAUUGCAGAGGAAAGGUUUAAUCAGGCCCAUGGAAGGACACGCUCUAUAGUGGAGAGGACUAUAGGACUGUGGAAACAACGUUUUCGCUGCAUCAGCAAGUCCAGUGGUGGCCUGAAGCUAAACCCCACCAAAAGCUGUUCUGUUAUUGUGGUUACUGCAAUUCUCCACAACAUUGCAGUCAGGGAAAAUGUCCAGCUUCCUGAGGAGGAAGUUGAUGCCGUUGGAGCCGAUGGUGAGGAAGAUGCUGUUUCUAAUGAUGAUGACGAUGAUGAUGAUCCUUUGAACCCACAUCAAGGCAGAAUGCAUCCUGCAGGAGCAGAAGUCAGAGAACUUUUAAUUCAGAAUAUGUUUGGAUGGUAG